GACGAUGGCAGAACAAACCCCGCUGCUGUCCCCCUCCCCGUCCACCGUCUCGGCCCCCCCCGCCGCCCGCAGACGGACAUCCCUCCUCCUCGCCCUCGCCACCCUCCUCCUCCUCGCGGCCGGCCUCUCCGUCGGCCUCGUCGUCCGGCAUGCCCAUAAGGAGCCCAGCGAUGUCCUCGAAAGGGCAAAGCUUUACCUCAAAGCCUCGCCGGUGAUCGAUGGCCAUAUCGACCUCCCCGAAUUCGCCCGUGCGGUCUACGGCAACAAUAUCGAAAAGUUUGAUUUGCGUGGUGCCCUCCCCGGACACUUUGAUAUCCCUCGGGCCAGAGAGGGCCAUCUGGGAGCAUUCUUCUGGUCCAUCUUUACCGAAUGCCGCGAUACGAAUGGCGACGACUUUAUGAACCCGACCUUUGAAGUUCGAGACGCCCUCGAACAGCUCGACGUGUCAAACAACCUCAUCUCCAAAUACAGCGACACAUUCGCCGUCGCCCGGACCGCCGACCAAGUCGAGUGGGCUAUAAAGCACGGCAAGAUUGCGAGUCUUUUCGGGCUGGAGGGUGCGCAUAUGCUUGGCAAUUCUCUUGCAGUGUUGAGAAUGUACCACCAGCUCGGGGUGAGGUAUAUGACCCUCACGCAUAGCUGUAACAACGCGUUUGCCGAUUCGGCCGGUAUCUUUGGAGACGUCAAAGAACGUUGGGGCGGUCUGAGCCCCCUGGGCAAAGAACUCGUUCCAGAGAUGAACCGACUCGGAAUCUUCAUCGACCUCUCCCACGUUUCCGACCAAACUGCCCUCCAGGCGCUGGACCUGACAGAAGCACCCGUCAUCCUCUCGCAUUCCUGUGCGAGGCAUUUCAAUAAGAUGAACAGGAAUGUACCGGACGAGGUGCUGGCUAGGUUGGGCAGCGGAAAGGGAAAAGUCGAUGGGGUGGUGAUGGUCAACUUCUUCCCCGUAUUCGCCUCUCCCAACCCGGACCUCGUCGACGUCGCAUACAUCGCUGAUGAAAUCGAGUAUAUCGCCAAUAAAACUAGCAGGGAUCAUGUCGGGAUCGGAUCAGAUUACGACGGGAUUGAAUCAGUGCCCAAGGGUCUUGAAGACGUUUCCAAGUAUCCUUACCUCUUUGCCGAACUAAUCAAACGCGGUUGGUCCAAGAACGAUCUCUCCAACCUCGCCGGCGGGAACCUCCUCCGCGCCAUGCGGGGGAUGGAAGACGUGAGCCGUCGGAUGAGGGACGAACAGGGUAAACAGCCAAGUAUGGCGAAAUAUGAUAAGCGGAGGGAUUUGGAUGGGGGCGAUUGGGAUUUCUAGCCGGGGGGGGGGUGAAAAUUGGAUUUGCGAGAAGAAACG